AAUCUCCAAAUCCCUGCAUAUUACGGAACAUCCAGAUCUUUAUAGGCUCGGUAUAGAACUUUUUCAGCCAAUGCUAAGACUUGAUAGGAAGAUGCGCUGGCAUCAAACAUUUGCUUAUCCAUGCCGAAUCACUUACAACCGAGCGAGAUAACAUACACACGAGACAGGGUAGCACAGAUACUAAACGAAGCCCGUUACAUUCCGCCUAAUCCAAACAGUAACGACACCAGCCUUCCGAUAGAAUUGUACGUUGAGCACUCCAAAAUCAACACACGUUUCCAACUUGGCGAUAUUAAAAAAGUUCAACUUGAAGCAGCUUCAAAACGAUACCGAGAAUAUUGUGAUAUUAUCUCAAAAGCAACCCCCGCCAACCACCUUGAGCAGCUUGAUACUGCAUAUAGCAAACUCCUCGAAUGCCAUUUCCAGCCUCGCGAUAUUGACGCUACUAUCGACGGGGCUUGUCAUAAAUUGGCUAGGCUCCCUGAGGUCCCCCCUUCGUUAGGUAAUCGCUGGACCCAAGAAAGCAUCUCCAAAUUAGACGAUGAAUAUUUCGUAAACCAGGCACAUAAAACCUGGGAUAAUCUCAAAGUGGUCAGAUACGUGGACAAAAAUAUAAUCCGCAUCGCGCUUCGAAUAGAAAUCGCCGACGCUCAGUGGAGCGGCAUUUUCGCCUUCUACAUCAACACCAUCUCGAGUCUUCUCAGCGCAGCGCUUGAAUUAUCUUCAGUCAGGCGACCCUACGUUUUGGUCCUACAAGCUUUCUUAUGGACAUCAUGGCAGAGAGCCUUGAUGCUGCAUUUCUCUGACGGUUUGAAUCAUCAGAUUAAAUUAGGCUAUGAUCAUGAGCAGAAUGAAUUUCUCGCAGUAGACAUUGUGCCUGCGAUUCAGAGGGAAUUGAGAGUUGGCUCGAACAGGCCCGAUGUGCCGGGAUAUAUGUGUAAAUGGGCUUUCAAGCUCCUGAACUCGGAUCGCGCGGCGGUGGGAUUGGAUUUCAGGGCUUUUAUUGAGCGUUACGAAGAGACUCUCGGCAUUUUACCUCCGCGGUGUAUCGUGUCCACAGGAGGUGACAGAUUACAAUGCGAAGGAACCUCACCAGAAAGCUGCACGCGAUUCAAGGGCAUGAAAAUUGAAGACCAAUCAGCACAUUCAAGUUCAUGUAGCGGAUCUGGGGGGUGUAAAAGGCUCUUUUGGAAUGAGCAGUCAUACAGGGGUCAAACCGGCGCCCGAGCAGUCACAAUCGAAGAUGGCGAUCACGAGCAACUCGACUACCGUACAGCUUCCAGCUCAACGAUGACAGUUAGCCACGUAUGGAGCCACGGCCAAGGAGGCCGACCCGAAAACCACGGUACCGGAAUGAACAGCUGCCUUCACGAGCGCUACAUCGAAAUCGCGCGUCAAUUCGGAUGUGAUUCAUAUUGGAUGGACACACCCUGCAUACCGCAAGACCAUCAACUACGAAGAGAAGCCAUCCAACACAUGAACAGCGUCUUCGCCACCAGCAAAUUAACCCUAGUCUGCGACCGAGACCUCAUGCUCAUCGAUGUGAGCAAUCCCUCAACCGAAUUAUACGAAUCCUUGCUCUCCGUACUCCUAGUCUGCGAUUAGAACGUAAGAGCCUAGACAUUCCUAGAAGCGAAUCGUGGCCGAAACAAUGUGCACCUCCUAUGUAAAGACGACCAAGUCGUG